GGGCAGAGUGUGUAUGUGAGUGUGCGGCCCCUGCCCCCCCCUAGAGAGGAGCCAGGCCCCUCUUUGCCCUCCCCAGGCCUCACUGGGACCCCCCAUGGGGCCCACCCGGGCCGGGCUGGCAUCUCCCCCAGGACCAACGACCACCUGUCAGGCCUCAGUGUCCCCCCAGCCCCACUAGGCCCAACUUGGGGGUGACCAGGAGCUGCUGUCCCCCGGGCGGGGUGGCCCGGGACAGCCCAUCCAUGGCCACCUUCAGCAACUUGGGAGCCUCCUGGGAGGACAGGAAUAACUCCCUCACCUCUGAUGGUAUCCCCAUCCUAUCCUUCGAGACAAACAUGGCCCAGACAGGGCCUCGAGCAGCCACCACCCUGGGUGUGGGCAAAGCCAUCGCCGUGCUGACGUCGGGGGGAGAUGCCCAAGGAAUGAAUGCCGCCGUCCGGGCCGUGGUCCGCGUGGGAAUCUUCACCGGUGCCAAGGUCUACUUUGUCCAUGAGGGUUACCAGGGCCUGGUGGAUGGCGACGAGAACAUCCGGGAGGCCACCUGGGAGAGCGUCUCCAUGAUGCUGCAACUGGGCGGGACGGUGAUCGGCAGCGCGCGGUGCCAGGACUUCCGCACGCGGCAGGGCCGCCUCCAGGCCGCCGCCAACCUGGUCAAGCGCGGCAUCACCAACCUGUGCGUCAUCGGCGGCGAUGGCAGCCUCACCGGGGCGGACACCUUCCGCGCCGAGUGGAGCGGCCUGCUGGCCGACCUCCAGAAAAGCGGUGGCAUCACGGCGGAGGAGGCGCGGCAGUCGAGCUACCUGAACAUCGUGGGCAUGGUGGGCUCCAUCGACAACGACUUCUGCGGCACCGACAUGACCAUCGGGACCGACUCGGCCCUGCAUCGCAUCAUGGAGAUCGUCGACGCCAUCACCACCACCGCCCAGAGCCACCAAAGGACAUUCGUGCUGGAAGUCAUGGGCCGCCACUGCGGCUACCUGGCCCUGGUCACGGCUCUGGCCUGCGGCGCCGACUGGGUGUUCAUCCCCGAGUCUCCCCCCGAGGACGACUGGGAGGAGCAUCUGUGCCGACGGCUCAGCGAGACCCGGGGCCGCGGCUCCCGCCUGAAUAUCAUCAUCGUGGCCGAGGGCGCCAUCGACAAGCACGGGAAGCCCAUCACGUCGGAGGACAUCAAGAACCUGGUGGUGAAGCGGCUGGCCUACGACACGCGCGUCACCAUCCUGGGCCACGUGCAGCGCGGCGGGACGCCCUCGGCCUUCGACCGGAUCCUGGGCAGCCGCAUGGGCGUGGAAGCCGUCAUGGCCCUGCUGGAGGGGACCCCCGACACCCCGGCCUGCGUCGUCAGUCUGUCCGGCAACCAGGCCGUCCGCCUGCCCCUCAUGGAGUGCGUCCAGGUGACCAAGGACGUGACCAAGGCCAUGGACGAGAAGAGGUUCGAGGACGCCGUGAAGCUGAGAGGCCGGAGUUUCCAGAAUAACUGGAACGUGUACAAGCUGCUGGCACACGUGCGGCCCCCCACGACCAAGAGCGGGACCACGGUGGCCGUGCUGAACGUGGGGGCUCCGGCCGCGGGGAUGAACGCCGCCGUCCGCUCGGCCGUCCGCAUAGGCCUCAUCCAGGGUCACCGCAUGCUGGUGGUGCACGACGGCUUCGAGGGGCUCGCCCGGGGCCAGAUCGAGGAAGCCAACUGGAGUUAUGUGGGCGGCUGGACCGGACAGGGCGGAUCGAAGCUGGGCACCAAGAGGACGCUGCCCAAGAAAUACUUCGAGGAGAUCAGCGGCAACAUCACCAAGCACAGCAUCCAGGGCCUGGUCAUCAUCGGGGGCUUCGAGGGCUACACCGGGAGCCUGGAGCUGAUGGAGGGCCGGGCCCAGUACGAGGAACUCUGCCUCCCGAUCGUGGUGAUCCCGGCCACCGUCUCCAACAACGUGCCCGGCUCCGACUUCAGCAUCGGGGCCGACACGGCCCUCAAUACCAUCUGCACGACCUGUGACCGGAUCAAGCAGUCGGCGGCCGGCACCAAGCGGCGGGUCUUCAUCAUCGAGACCAUGGGCGGCUACUGUGGCUACCUGGCCACCAUGGCGGGGCUGGCGGCCGGGGCCGACGCCGCCUACAUCUUCGAGGAGCCCUUCUCCAUCCGCGACCUGCAGGUGAACGUGGAGCACCUGGUGCAGAAGAUGAAGACGACGGUGAAGAGGGGCCUAGUCCUGAGGAACGAGAAAUGCAGUGAGAACUACACGACCGAUUUCAUCUUCAACCUGUACUCGGAGGAAGGGAAGGGCAUCUUCGACAGCCGGAAGAACGUGCUGGGGCACAUGCAGCAGGGGGGAAGCCCCACGCCCUUCGACCGCAACUUUGGCACCAAGAUGGGCGCCAAGGCGGUGGCCUGGAUCACCGGCAAGAUCAAGGAGUGUACCCGCCACGGGCGGAUCUUUGCCAACGCGGCGGACUCGGCCUGCAUGCUGGGCAUGAGAAAGAGAAGCCUGGUCUUCCAGCCCCUCACCGAGCUGAAGGAGCAGACCGAUUUCCAGCACCGCAUCCCCAAGGAGCAGUGGUGGCUGCGGCUGCGGCCCAUCCUCAAGAUCCUGGCCAAGUACGAGAUCGACCUGGACACCACCGACCACGCGCACCUGGAGCACAUCACCCAGAAGCGGGUGUCGGCCGAGACCAGCUUCUGAGCGCCCACCGGCCCCCGGGCCCCGGGCCGGACCCUCGCCCGCCGCCCCUUCGCGUGCUCGGGAAUGCGGGAUCCCGUUGUGUGUCGC